GUGGUUUAUCAGAGAAGUAUAUUCCACGGUGGUAGUCAUUUAGUCAUUGGUAGUCAUUUUGUGGUAGAAAGAAAAAUCGCGAAUGGAGAUUAUUAAUAAGAAUAAAUCAACAUUAAUCCUCAAUCUCCCGAAGAGUAUAAUUGAAAGCGCCGCGUUUAGUUACAGCGCUGUCCAAAUUGGACUCUGAUCUUGAUUGGACGCAAAUCAUCAGAGAUUUUUGCACACAAGAAUCCAGUAAGAAUGGCUGCUGUUUUGAGAAGAUUCAGAGUCGCACAACAGAUUACAGUGAUCGGCAAUACUAAAAUACCGUCAUUUCUUAACAGCCGAUCUUUUGCAAGGUCAUCGAUCCGACAGGAUAUCAACGACGGAUGGAUAUACAAGCAAUUUGUAAGAACAAUCGAGCCAACCAAAGAGUCUCACUCACGGAUGCUGUCAGACAAAGGAGUUAUUUACGCUUUACAUACGCACAACAUCCGACCUGAUUGUAUUGACAAAUAUAUGACCAAUUAUGAAGAGAUUGUUAACUUUAUAAACUCCAAGAAGUCUGAAUUGAAAUUGGAACUAGUUGGUUCAUGGACUGUUGUAGCUGGUGAUGUUGAUCAAGCUCUCCACCUGUGGCAAUAUUCUGGUGGAUAUGAGAAUGUUGAUCAUACCCAAGCUGCAUUAUCUAAUCUUGAGGCAUACCAACAAUUAUUUAAGGAAAAUGGAAAGUAUUUGCGAUCACGCUACCUGCAAUAUUUAUUGGCAUUUAGUUAUUGGCCUCCUCUAACGAAAAGAAACAGUUCAAAUAUAUAUGAAAUACGUAGUUAUAGGUUGAAACCUGGUACUAUGAUAGAAUGGGGUAAUAACUGGGCCAAGGCCAUUAAUUACAGAAGUAAUAAUAAUGAACCUUUUGCUGGUUUCUUUUCACAAAUUGGCAGAUUAUAUAAUGUUCAUCACAUUUGGUGCUACAAAAAUUUCCAAGCACGGAUGGAAACACGCGAAAGUGCAUGGAGAUCUCCAGGAUGGGACGCAUGCGUUGCAUAUACCGUGCCGUUAAUAAGGGAAACGCAUUCCCGUAUAUUGAGUCCGACUAGCUUUUCACCAACAAAAUAAAAUUUUACUUUCAUGAAUCUAAAUGCAUUUGUAUAAUAAGAUUUAUUUCUUAUGUCUAUAUUAUAACAUUGUAAAAACAUUUGUUAUAAUUUAUAUUCCGUUUACACCUGUAUAAACUCAGCGCUCAAUAUGAAAAAAAAAAA